GAUCUUCUCUUCGGUAAUAACUUUGUGUUCGUUAGACUGUACUAGUUCACUUUUUCAAAGUAAUGUUUGUUAGGUCUUUUGAGGCUACUUCUAGUCGAGCAAUGAUCCAAUUGGAGAAGCAAGCGGCUCUUUGUCGUCACAUUUCCCUUGGGACCAAGAACAAGCUUCAAAGAAGAAGAAGGAAAGGACAACUCGCAAUCUCAGUUACAAUGGCUAGUUGGAAAGCUUGUUUAAAGCCAAUCGAUUAUUGGAUUUCACCAACCCAACGACCACUGCCGGGGGAUCCCUAUAUCUUCUCUCAGAUUAAAGUCUUCAAUCAAACGGAAUGAAAGCAGGAGAUUUAUUAGCAUUAGUAGCUUUGGGACGAUAGACUCAUGAGAUUAGACCUCAUGAUGGGCUGUAAGCUCUAUUCCUACUUUUAUUUUCUACUCCCAUGGAUCGCUAACAAGACUUCACCUUCGAAAGUGAUCUACGACCGGCUCUUCGAAUCAGUCGCUGAGGAAUGACAGGUUGAACUAUGUCACUGCGCACACCUCCUAUCCCACAAAUUGAGUGAGUGUUCUUAGCCAUCCCUCAACCGGAGGGGGAAGGGAUGAUGGUGGAACCCCCCACCAAUGCUCCUAUAGUACCCGCAAUUAAUACCUGUCGAGGACUCAUCAGUCAAGCGGAUAGCAUUGCCUUUUUUUUCUUGUUACUUUUUUUACUCACUUGCUAACAGCGCUAGUCGCCUCUUACUUUAUGUGUAUACAUAGGAAAUGUCCUUUCAUCUCCUUAUCCAGUACUGACGCCGCUCUACUUCAGUCUCAAGGUUACCGCUCGACCUUCUCUCCUGCAUAGGUAUGGCGCAUAGAAAGGAUUCGCUCUUGACCUUAAUGAGAGUUACUAGCCCGACUGACUCAUAUCUAUCGUAAAAGGCCUCCCCACUAUCAUGCGAAAGGGAUCAGCUACUCCUUGAUUAUUUGCUUAACUGGAAAGUAGAGACUUCUCGCAAUCCGAAGCGAUAAAAUCCCCGGCUUUCGACCUGGACCAGUUCUUCAAGGACCCCAUUACGGCGCUCUCUUGUUGAACUGAUAGAUUAUCUCUUCCAUUCUUCAAUUAGAUUCUGGACAAAAAGAAUUCCCUCCAGACAGAGCUCCAAUUUUUCUCUCAUGCAAAGUUCUCUCGCGAACUCCGCCGCUCCUACGGCUCCGGAGUCUGACCAACUUAUCCGUAGCACUAAGAAAUACAAACGGCACUUCAGUGGGGUGCCCCGUAUCCCUGAUUCCGGUGAAAAUGCUUCUGUCUCACGCUCUCCGUCAGAUGUUCAGCAAGCUUCAGCUGGGGGUCGAAACCCUAGUAGGCUCUCUUUCAAAGAGAUUGUUGCCGCGGGUAAGAAUCUGCCUCCCUUUUAUGAAGGGGGAGAUGAGGAUCGUGAAGCCGAUAUCAAUUGGUUGAGAUCUUUUUCCGAGACUCGACUUCAGAACUGCGUGGAUUUUAAAAGUUCUCAAUGGCUCAAGAUGGAACUCUCUCUGGAUGAGAGGAUUUAACAUUGGCUCCCUUGGAGAAAAGCUGUUAUUGUGAAACCGUUAGGAAUAAAUUUGAGUUACUUCUUUCUUUAUUAGAAACUUAAUGAUCUAUGCAAGCCUUUUUUUUCCUUUUGAGUUGAGAGAUUUCACUAUGGGAUAUUAUUUCGUUCGGUUCCGUUCAAAGGAAGAUUAUGACCGGGUACUUCACGAGGGGCCUUGGAUGAUGGCUUCGUCGUCAAAUACGAAGCCGCAGUCCAAGAAGAGCUUCGCGGCGGUGGCUAUGGAGUCGACAUUGCCGAAAAAACAGGAGACUAAGGGAGCGAGAAAGUCGGAACCUAAUCAAAAAAAAAUAUUCAGAAGAGUUCAUUAGGAGAUGCUGAUCCCAAAAUUCUCGGGAGGGAUAGUGCUUUUAUUUUUGGUGCUGAUAAAGGGAGGAAACUAAUUUCUGGAUCUCGUUUUACCCCUUUGGAAUCGGAUAGUGGUGAUAUGGUUACAGAUUCCUCGGCAAAGACUCAGGACCAACAUUUGAUUGUUAAAAAAAUAUAUAAUUCCUCUCCCUCUCCCUAUCGGUCGAGCAACUUCGUUCCUUCGGGCUCAUAUAUUCUAAACCUUCGGGGGAACUCAAACUAAAAAGAAUCGAAGGACAGAGAUUGAAGAAUUACUUCAUACUUCAGCUGUCUAUCCUUUUGCUGGAUUGGGACUAAUGAAUUCGCUUACAAUCUUAAAAAGAGAGCUAUAAAGACAGAUUGUUCUGUCUUACUAAGUACUAAGCUAAGGAACCGAGCAAGGUGCGGAGUCUCAAUCACGUGUACGACGGUCGACGGGAGAAAGGGAAGCAGAGCAGCAAGCACCAUAGUCCGGAAAGAAUAGAAUGUUAAUGCUCGAUAGUAAGGAUUGUCUGAUGCAUGUAGGGAAACAUCCCGAAUCAAGGGAUUUAGGCUAUCAAAAGCUAUUUUUUAUUCAUAUACGCGGGAUCUUCGAUUUCUUACUCUAACCUGUUUGUUGAUCGGCUUUUCUAUAUGGUGGUUCUGUAUACCGGAGCAACUGCUCGUAACCCCGACAGCUCUCUCCGCGCCAGAUCUAAAACUACUUUUUAGGGUGGCAAGGGAGACUUUUGAGAAUCAUGUUUGUAGUAGUCAUCAUGUCCCAAGCCGCAAACUCAAUGAUACAGGGCGAGGAUAAAGAGUGCAAGAGAAGGAGCUGACAGCCAUAGUUCAUUGCCUAAGAACACGAUCUAAAUCUAAUAGAUUCUUGUAUCGAGUAGUUGGAUCAUAAGAGUCUCUUACCAUACAAAAAAAUGGCUGCAUGCGCUGCACCUUUCGUCACUGAAGGAGCUAUCUUCCCCGGCAACAGAGUUGGAUAGAUGCCAUAGUGAGGAGUAGUCCCGACCGUUAUCCCCAUUCCCUUCCUCUACUUGAAUGAAAUAUUCAAUUCUCU